AUGCACAGUACCCACCACUUACGGAAGCUUCUGCGGGUCAAUCUCGCUCACCUCUUUAUGCAAAGCCUGGACCACACUCACCCAGCUCCAGCGGUGAGGAAGAGCAAAGGCUGUCCGCGCGCUGGAGGAGUGGAGGCGGGAACCAUCAGGAAUUUGGACAAUUUCUUCCUCUCUCGGCAAAAAGUUAGAGGAGAAGAGAAGAUGCAAGGAGAUGGGGAGAUGGACCACCUGGAGCGCCCGAGUCCGCUGACCGACAAGGAGAGGGUCAUGAUCCAAGACUCGUGGGCAAAAGUCUACGAGAACUGCGACGAUGCCGGGGUCGCCAUCCUGGUCAGGCUGUUUGUGAACUUCCCCUCAUCCAAGCAGUACUUCAGCCAGUUCAAACACGUGGAGGAGGCAGAAGAGCUGGAGAACAGUGCCCAGCUGAGGAAGCACGCGCACCGGGUCAUGAACGCCCUCAACACCCUGGUGGAGAGCCUGGAGAACGCAGAGAAGGUGGCGUCCGUGCUCAAGUCGGUGGGCAAGGCGCACGCGCUGAGACACAAGGUUGAUCCGGUCUAUUUCAAGAUCCUGAGUGGCGUGAUCCUGGAGGUGCUCGGGGAGGCCUUCCCACAGGUGGUCACUCCGGAGGUGGGCGCGGCCUGGACCAAACUGCUCGCCACAGUCUACUGCGGCAUCUCAGCAGUCUACGAGGAAGUGGGCUGGACCAAACUCUCCACGUCCAGCGGAGCAGGUAUCCAGGAAAUAGGCCACCCUCCCUCCCUCAGCACCAUGUGCACCACGAUGAUGGUCCUCACCAGCAUCGCCUUGAUCCUCAGACAGCUCUUCUUCCGCAACAAAGUCAAACCGCACAACGAGGCUGCAGACAAAGACGAACAUCCCCAGACGCUUCUCUACAAUCAACAUUUUUUUCCCGGGCGUCAACAAUCCCACCUGGAGUUUGGAGAGGGAAAAAAGUGGGCCACAAACGUCAACAAGAAGCAGUUCUUUUUUAUUACGGCUCUUUCUUGUGCUUUGCCUUUUUGCCUGUCUUCUCAAAUCUGUGUCAUGAAAUAG